AUGUCUAAGUCAGAGUCUCCCAAAGAGCCCGAACAGCUGCGGAAGCUCUUCAUCGGAGGUUUGAGCUUUGAAACAACCGAUGAGAAUCUGAGGAGCCAUUUUGAGCCAUGGGGAACGCUCACACGCUGUGUGGUAAUGAGGGAUCCACACACGAAGCGCUCCAGAGGCUUCGGGUGUGUCACCUAUGCCACUGUGGAAGAGGCGAAUGCGGCCAUGAAGGCAAGGCCACACAAGGUGGAUGGAAGAGUUGUGGAACCAAAGAGGGCCGUCUCAACAGAAGAUUCUCAAAGACCUGGUGCCCACUUAACUAAAUAUCACACUGUGAAUGGCCACAACUGUGAAGUAAGGAAAGCCCUAUCUAAGCAAGAGAUGGCUAGUGCCUCAUCGAAUCAGAGAGGUCGAAGUGGUUCUGGAAACUUUGGUGGUGGUCGUGGAGGUGGUUUUGGUGGGAAUGACAACUUUGGUCAUGGAGGAAACUUCAGUGGUCGAGGUGGCUUUGGUGGCAGCCGCAGUGGUGAUGGAUAUGGUGGCAGUGGGGAUGGCUAUAAUGGAUUUGGUAAUGAUGGAAGCAAUUUUGGAGGUGGUGGAAACUACAAUGAUUUUGGCAAUUACAACAAUCAAUCUUCAAAUUUUGGACCCAUGAAAGGAGGGAACUUUGGAGGUAGAAGUUCUGGCCCUUAUGGCGGUGGAGGCCAAUACUUUGCCAAACCAUGA